AUGCCGAUCGACAUCAAUCGCUUGCGUCCCGAGCGUGGCGGGGACCCGGACGCUGUCCGUACUGACCAGCAGAAGCGCUUUUUGAACGUGGACAUUGUGAACAAGGUGGUGGAGCUCGAUGAGCAGUGGCGCAAGAAACAGGGCGAGGUGGAGACCGUCAGCAUGAAGAUGAACGCGCUCCAGCAGGAGAUUAAAGCACUGAGUAAGGCCAAGCAGGACUUUAAAGCGCUUAGUGACGAGCGCAAGGACCUUGCAGCGCAGCUGCCGGAAAAAAAGAAAGAGGCGGAGGCCCUGAAGGAGCUCGUGGAUCGAGAGCUGCCCAAGAUUGGCAACACUGUGGACCCUACGGUGCCCCUUUCAAACAAUGAAGAUGACAACGUGGUGGUGAAAAAGUGGGGCGUUCCUAUUGAAAAAGGUGGUCUGCACUAUCACCACGAAGUGCUUCACCGCAUUGACGGCUACGAGCCUGAACGUGGCGUCCAUGUGGCCGGCCACCGGGCUUACUUUCUCACGGGAUACGGGUUUCUACUGGAGCAGGCACUCAUGGCCUAUGCAACGGCUUUCCUCAUGAAAGCCCAGUACAAGAUGCUCAAGCCGCCAUUCUUCAUGAACAAGGAGUGCAUGGCGGCAGUCGCCCAGCUUGAUGAUUUCGAUGAACAGCUUUACAAGAUCAUUGGUGAGGAUGAGAAGUACCUCAUUGCCACGUCUGAACAGCCCAUUUGCGGCUACCAUAAAGGUGAGUGGAUCACGGAGAGCUCGCUGCCGCUUCGUUACGGUGGGUUCUCCACCUGUUUUCGCAAGGAGGCUGGCUCACACGGCAAAGACACGUGGGGCAUUUUCCGUGUACACCAGUUCGACAAGAUCGAGCAGUUCUGCAUUACGGACCCAGAGAGCUCCACUGCCAUGCACGAAGAGAUGCUGCAACACGCUGAAAAGUUUUACCAGUCGCUGGAAUUGCCGUACCGCGUGGUAAACAUUGUGUCUGGCGAGCUGAAUAACGCUGCGGUGAAGAAGUACGACUUGGAAGCGUGGUUCCCUGCUUUCAAAGAGUAUCGUGAACUUGUGUCUGCCUCUAACUGCACGGACUUCCAGUCGCGUGCCAUGGAGAUUCGCUGUGGCGUGAAGAAGGAGAACCAGCGCGAGAAGAAGUAUGUGCACAUGCUGAACUCGACACUCUGCGCUUCGACGCGAACAGUGUGUUGCAUCUUGGAGAACUUCCAGGACGACAACGGCGUCAAGGUUCCGGAGGUGCUGGUGCCUUUCAUGGGCGGCGUCACUUACCUGCCAUUUACCCGCGACGUCAAGGUGAACGUGCAAGCUGCUAAAAUGCAGAAAGCUGCCAAGAAGAAAGGGGCGAAGCAGUAG